AUGUGUCGAGCGUGCUCAAUCGUAAAAAGCACCACACGCCUCUGUUCCUGGCGAAGCAGCCACUCGGAUAUCCCGUCUGAAGUGGAAAUGAAGGAUUUCCUCGCCUCAACCACGUCAAGAGAAACUACAUCACAGCCGCCAUUGCCAUGUAGCUCGACCAGUACAGUCUCGACCAGUACAGCCUCGACCAGUACAACUUCGACUAGUACAACCUCGCCCUACGACGACGAACUCGGACCCACGAUGCGAGCCGCAGUUUUCCAAGACGCCGCCAUUUUCGAAAAUGCAGGCCCAGAGCGACCCGAGGAGACUAGCUGUGGUGGUGGUGGUGGUGAUGGCAAUGACGACAAUAAUGGUGAUGGCCAUGAUGCCAAGAGCGGGAUUUGGUACGUGCAUGGCAAGAAAGUCGCUUCUUUCCAAGUCUUGUGCAAGGAUGAUGAUGAGGAUGAUGAUGAGGAUGAGGAUGCAGGGAAUAAGGCGAGGGCGAAAGCGAGGGCAAGGGCAAGGGCAAAGGCAAGGGCAAGUUGGGGCGUAUGGCUGUUUUGGCAGAGGUUGUGGUACAAAGCGAGGUAG